UUGUUACCUCCUCCACGUGGUCUUUUAGAGAAAAUCAUGUCCACUGUUUUCGACUUUGCAGAGCUUGAGAGCUCUUCUGAAGCCCCAGCAGAAGAUGUCCGCUCGCAUUUGAUGAAAGCUCACAGUGGUCUUGCUGCUGCUAUCGCUAGAGUGCUCGCUGGGGAGCAAGAAAUAGUCACAGACACUAUUGUACCCUCCUCUAAAGUUGAUAAGCCUACUAAACCAGUGAAACGAAAGCGAUCCCAUGUGCAGUCAACGUCAGCUAAAUCAAUAGGUUCAGACGAGGAAAGCUCCAAGGUCGGCCAGCCUUCUAAGUGUCAAAGUGAAGUAGUGAAGUUAGCCUACUUGUCUGUAGGGGACUAUCCUGUUAAUGAGGAGAGAAAGCUACAACGAUUAGCAACUCGUGGAGUGGUUCAACUCUUCAAUGCGGUUAGUAAACACCAAAAGUCUAUUGAAGACAAACUAAAGGAAGUUGGCCCAUCAGAACGAAAGAAGCACAAAGUUCUAUCUUCUGUGGACAAGGGUGCAUUCAUUGACAUGCUCAAAGGAGCUGGAAAGACGGGUGAUGAUGACGAUACUGAUGAUGCCAAAGCAACAGAGCCGGCCUGGAGCAUUCUCAGAGAUGAUUACUUGAAAACCAACUCUAAGCUACAAGACUGGGACAAAGACAGUGACUCGAUUAGCGGCCAUUCUAACAAUGAAGAAGACUAGUUCAUAAUUAUACGUCUGUCAUGAGAUUGUACUUUUUUUAAACUC